CGGCUUUCACCGCACUAUCUGUACUGAGCUACGCCAUGGAUAAAACACAAAAGCUGAGCUAAAUUCCAAAUUUUGUAUUUUUUACAAAUUAUUAUCUGUUAAAAAUACAUUAUUAACAUAAUACUUACUUUAAAUAUUAUAAAUGAGUAUUAUAUAACCAAUACAGUGGUGAAAAGGUUCAGUAUAUACAUAAUAUAGUAAAUGGAAUGAAUAGAAACAUUUUUAGUGCCAAUAAUGAGUCUUUUUUCGUCAAAUGUUGAAGAGUAUGGUGCUAAUUAAUAGCUCUAUUGUAAUUUUAGGAUUCAUUUGGAUACGUGUUAAAUCAUUCUUAGUUUUAGACUAUUUUUAUUAGACUGCACUCACUUAAAAUACAUGUACUUAUAUGUUAUAUGAACGACAGAGUGAAUAACAUUUGAAUUUGAAAAUAUAAGUGACAAAACGGGAAAGGAGUCAUUUAAAGAAAAUUGUAAAGAUAGUUUAAUCGACAAAUAUAGAAAGUAUAAGUAUAAAUCGACUAAUAUAAAAUAACACACAUCACUGUCUUUGACAGCAGUUGCCUAGCAACAGGAUCAACAGACUCGGUACAAACAAUGAUUUAAAAAAUGCAAUUUUUCAGUUAAAUGUAUGGCAAUUGCUUUUUAAUUUCAUAGAUAAUUAAUUGAACCAUGAAAAUAAACUGUUCUUAAUUUAACAAGCGAAUAAACGUGUCAUAUUUUAUAGAAGAUUUUAUGUUAUAAGUUUUGUAUGAAUACGUCGAAACAUGACGACUCCGAAAUUGCUGUAUACAAUAGAGCAGCCACAUGGCCUGGGUGAGCUUUAUUUUGUGUGGCAGAAGGGUGAAUCUCAUUCCUUGCUCGCCACUACUGGUACGGAUGCUACUGUUGCUAUUCACGACAGAGCUGGAACUAUGCUGGAAAGGAUUAAGUUGCAGGGGCUAUGUGCUGGCAUGGAAUGGGACAACGACGGCGAUUACCUAGCAAUCAUUACGCCUAACAGCAACACUGUACUACUCUGGGAAUGCCAUGUUAAUAAGCGAAUCAAUAUAGAGACAGGGCUUCGAGAGCCACCUUCAUGCCUUGCAUGGGCGUAUGGGGAGCCCUUGUUAGCAGUGGGUACACAGAAGGGGAACUUGGCUUUGUACAAUCACCAUACUACCAAGAGAAUACCGAUAAUAGGCAAGCACACAAAAAAGAUAACCUGUGCUGCAUGGAACAAGGAUAGUAUUCUGGUUCUAGCGUCUGAAGACAAAACACUGUCCAUCAACAAUUCAGAUGGAGACACACUGAGGAUCAUAUCUUUGAGGGACAUACCGAAUGACCUGCAGUUUUCCGAAAUGAAGACCGACGAGAGAGUUGCAGGAGAGAAUACGAUAAGUUUAGUGGUCGGUAAAAGAACGUUAUAUCUCUACAAUCUGCUCAACCCGGAGAACCCGAUAGAGCUCGCGUUCCAACAGCGUUACGGCUCGAUAGUGUCGUACAAGUGGUACGGGGACGGGUACAUAUUGAUCGGGUUCAGUGCUGGCUUCAUCAUCGCGAUAUCGACUCACAUCAAGGAGGUCGGCGAGGAGCUGUUCCAGGUGAAGAACCAUAAGGAUAACCUGACUGAUAUCGCGGUGUAUAAUGGACAAGCGGCUUCUUGUGGUGAUGGACAACUGAAGCUGAUAUCGGUAUGGAACAACGGCGAGGUGAUCGGGUCGGUGAGCCCGGCGGGCGGCGCGGAGCGGUGCGCGUGGAGCGCGGAGGGGCGGCUGCUGGCGGCGGCGGGGCGCGCGCGCCUCAGCGUGCUGGUGGCCGCGCUGCCGCCGCUGCACGCCGCCGCCGGCACGCGCGCCGCCGCGCUCACCAGCCUCGCCGAGCUCACCGUCUACCAGUGCAUCGCGCUCGACGCCGACGCGGACCCCGCCGGACCGUCGGAGUGCGUGCCGAUAGCGACGUACGCGUUGCCGACGGAGCCGCAGUGCAUCGCGCUGGGCGCGCGGCACGUGGCGUGCGCGCGCGGCGCGGUGGCGUGGUUCCAGGCGGCGGCGGGCGGCCCGGCGCGCCGGCGCACCUACCCCGCGCCCGUGGACGCGCUGCGGCUCGCCCUCGACUACGCCGCCGUCUUGUUCCAAGGACGCGUUAUGUUGCACGCGAUAGAUCCCGUGGAGCCAUCGCAGGCCGACAGAGAGUCGAUAAUGUUUCCUGAGCCUCACAUGCAGGGCGCCAAGAUAACAGAUAUACAACUUACAAACGACUUCUUUAUAUACGUGACUGAUAGCGGCGACGUGGUGUACUUCGGCGUGGAGGAGUGGCGCGUGUCGGUGCGCCUGCGCGUGGCGGGCGGCGCGGGCGGCGCGGGGGGCGCGUGGCAGGUGCGCUGCGACGCGGGCGGCGCGCGGGUGUGGGUGCAGGACGCGGCGCGCCGCGGCGUGGUGUGCGCGGGCGCAGCGCCCGACCUGCACGCGCCCGUGCCGCCGCCGCCGGGGGAGGCCAGCGCGCUGCACGGCGGCGUGAUCUGGGACAUCUGCCUGCCCGAGCGCAACGUGUUCGUGAUGUUCAGCGACGCGCGCGCAGACACGUACUACCUCGCGAGCCGCACCACGGACGGCGCGCGCGUGCAGUACGUCGCCUCCACCAACCUGCUGCCGGGACACGUGCCGCUCAUACUCUUCUCUGGAGAUGUCUACUGCUAUGCACCGGGGGGGAGUGUUGUUAAGAUCCAACUGGAGUCGCACCACACGAGUGGGCUCGCGGACGCGGACACGGAGAAGCGCCUCGCCAACCAGCGCAAGCACAUCGAGAAGUUACUGUUACUAAGGCGCUUCAACGAGGCCUGGCUGUUCUGCGACGCGGUUGAUGAAGAGGAUAUGUGGCGGAAACUCGGCGAGGCGGCUAUAGCGGAUCUUAACGUCGAGUUCGCUAUUCGAGUGUACACUCGACUCAGCGACGUAGCCAUGGUGUGGGCAUUGGAGGAUGCAGCGAACAUUGAAGAUCUUGCUUUGCUUUGUGGUGCAUUAUGUGCAUGCCUGAACAAAGGUGCAGCAGCGGCGCGGUGGCUGGAGGGCGCGGGUGGGGGCGGCGGCGGCGCGGCGCUGGCGCUGCAGCUGCAGCUGGCGCGCGGCGCGUGGGGCGAGGCGGCGGCGCUGGCGCAGCGCACGCGCCCGGAGCACGCGCCGCACGUGCGCCUGCACCACGCGCAGCACCACGAGCUCACCGCUGAUUACCACGAAGCACUCGCCAGUUAUGAGAAAAGUCUGAUCACGGAAAAUACCGACAGCAUAAAAGUCAAAGAGCACAACAAGAAAUGCGAAGCGGGCAUCGCUCGUACAUCCAUCAGAUGCGGAGACGUCAUGCGAGGAGUCACCACCGCUAUGAAGCACUCGGAAGACCACAACCUGAUCAAGGACUGCGCGCAACUUCUAGAAGAGGAGAAGCAGUUCAACCACGCUGCAGCGCUUUACGACCACGUAGGGAAUACUGAGAAAGCCGCUUCAUUGUACAUCAAGCUGAAAUCGUGGCUGAAAGUCGAAGCUCUCCUACCCAAGAUCAACUCGCCAAGCAUACAUAUACAGUAUGCGAGGGCUAAGGAGGCAGAAGGGAGGUACCACGAUGCUUUGAAGUCGUAUUUGAAAGCCCAAGACUACGAAGCGGCGAUUCGAUUGAACUUGGACAAAUUGGACGAUAUCGAUGAAGCUGUCAAUCUUGUCCAAGAGACGAAAUCCGUCCAAGGGGCCAAAAUGGUCGCCAACUAUUUCCAGAAUAGUGAUGAUCCGACGUCCGCUAUAAAGUUCCUAGUGAUGUCCCUAUGUUACGACGAUGCGUUUAAUUUAGCCAGAAAGAACGGGAAACUGCAUUUGUACGGGGAGAUAUUGAUACAGACUUCGCAAGCGAGGCCGGAGGAUUUCAAGAGUCUUGCGUUACAUUUCGGGGAGAAGAACCAUUUACUGGCCGGCAAGUUUUAUUUUCAUGCUGGGGAGCACAGUAAGGCGAUGUCGCACUUACUAAAGGCUGGCGGUUCGGAGGAGGACGAGAAUGAAGCGAUCACGGUUGCGAUAGAUGCGGCCGCCGCUAGUGAUGACGAGAGACUUACUAGGAGGUUGAUAGAGUUCCUCCUGGGCGAGACGGAUGGUACGCCGCGAGAGCCGCGCCAUCUGUUCAGGCUGUACAUGGCCAAGAAGCAGUUCACCGAGGCCGCCAAAACUGCGGUGAUCAUAGCGGGCGCGGAGUGUCGCGCGGGGCGGUACCGCGAGGCGCGCGACGUGGCGCGCGGCAUGUGCGCGGCGCUGCGCCUGCGCGGGGCCGCCGCGCCGCGGGACCUGCGCCGUGCCACCGCGCUGCUGCACUCAUACAUACUGGUGCGUACGCACGUGAAGCGCGGUCGUCACGACUUGGCCGCGCGGUUGUUAUUGCGUACAGCCGCAGAAGUCAGUUUUUUUCCAACGCCGCAACAUCAAGUAUCGAUCCUGACGUCGACAGUGAUCGAAUGCAGCCGCGCCGGACUCAAGCACCAGGCGCAUCACUGGGCCAAGGUGCUCAUGCAGCCGGAGUACAGAUCACAGAUCGAUCCGAAGUACGCGAAGAAGAUCGAGUCGGUGGUGCGUCACGCGCCGCGCGCGCCCCCGCCGCCGCCGCCCGCCGGCGCCUGCCCGCUGUGCGGCGCCGCCGUGCCGCAAGCCGACCUGCGCUGCGCUCACUGCGAGGCCGACUUGCCCUUCUGUCUCGCCACGGGACUUCAUAUCGUGAAAGAUGAUUUGACAGCCUGUCCCGAGUGUGAUUUCCCUGCGAUUCUUACCGAGUUCACCGAAAUACUGAAAGAGGAAGGCAAAUGUCCCAUGUGCGGCGAAAAUGUCGACUACAGACGUCUAGUAAAGAUCGACGACGUGACGCUGUAUCUCGACCUUAAUACCAGUGAAUAAAGUUGUAUAUUGCGUGUAAUUUACUACCGAGAGUUAAGUAAGUUUUAGAAUAAGUGACGACAUUUAGUAAUGGUUUGUUAUUUCUUCAAUUUCAAGCAAGUUGUUGAAGACGUAAUUUUUCUAGUUUCGGGGCCAUGACAAUUGAUCAAUGUAAUACCUUUUUACGCACCCUUAGAACUAAGAUGAUUUAACCCAAAAAAGAUGAUGAAAAAUAUAAAAAAGAUUUGAAAACAAUGUAAAAGGCACUGAAUUGGGCGGUCGCGGUGAAUGUGAGGAUCUGUUUCUUUACUAUAAAUUUAUUUAUCUUUUUCGUCACAGGCUUACAGAGCUUGCUUUAGAAAGCUGUUUUUGAUCAAAAUCAGAAAAUAUAUAAAUUUUGAUUUAGGUCACUUUAGUUCUAAGGGUCCGAUAUGCAAAUGUUUAGUUCUAAGCGUUUUAAAAUAGGCUUAUAUCCGUCUAUUUAGUUUUAUUUAUAAAUGGUAAGCUAGAUUAGGUUAAUGACUAAUAUACAAAAUUCAAUUUUGAUCACAUCUAAAUCCAAUUAUAAGGAAGUUUUAAAAACUGCAUUCAGGUAGAGAAGACUAAGUUUUGCAAUUUUUUUAUUUUUUUGUAAAAAUAAAUCGUGUCGAUUUUAAAUUGUAUGCCAUUAUAGCGGGUCAUAGCUUUACUGUAAAUUUAAAAAAAAAUCAAUUUUUAUAUUUAUAGAAAACAUCCUUUGUCUCCUGCCCUUAACUGAUAAAGCAUUCCCUUGAAUGAUCAUAUGAUUAAACCCACUUAUACAAAAUGUACCAACACACAAAUUAUCCAAAAUAUGUUAUUAAUAUUUAACACGCAAUUUAUCUAAUUGUGAUAAUUCAGCAAAGAUCUAUUUAUACGACACAGAAAGUAUGUGUGAAUCGAUCCAAACAUUUUUAAACAUAGAAGUAUUCAGUUGUAACAUAUCCACUAAUGUUUAAAAGUAGUCAGUACAUUUUGGCAUAAUUCAGUGUAAUUAAUAUUUAUUAUAAAAACCAAAAAUCGAUACCCCACCCAAGAAAAUGUACUUUUAGUUUGUGAUAAGGUCCGUCCAUUAGAUAAGGAAGUUAUUUUAUUGUCGCCCUAAUUUGUUAUCUGUAAGGUACAGUCGGCACCAUAAAUGUAAGUCCAUGUGUAAAAAAUGAAAUGGUAAAUUUUAUUUUUUUAAAAAUAAAUGUGUAUGUUUA